UAGCCGGUCGAUAGUAGACAGAACUAGUAUAGUCCACGACAUCAAAGAAUUGUCCAUCAUCACAUUACGAUUGAAAAAAAAAAAACUAUGCCUAUGAAUUUAUUGGGCCUUACAAAUGAAAGGCUCGAAGAAGUAGCCCAUGACCCAAUCCGGAAUUCAAAGAUGCACCGCCGGCCCAUCCAUAAAUGAAAAAUCCCGGCACACGAUCAAUGGAUGAAUCCGACGGUUGGAGUGGCCAUCUUUUCUUUGCGUUGAUAAUAUCAGUUUUGUUGUUUUGCUUUGCCCCAAACCAUAGGCCCGCUUCUCAAGGAAAAAGGGAAAUUGGAAAUCGGGAACCACCGUGCGUACGUGGAGGAAGGUAAGGGUGGAGGAGGUGGUGUAAACUUCUAACAGUUUCUAGAUCCGCUACCGCACCGCGCGAGCGGACACGUGGAUGGUCACUAGCGAAUUUCUGCAUUCCCUCUCUCACCUCCACGGACUAUAAAUUCAGGUCCCUACUUUUUACUUUCUCAUCAAAUUACCAGCUCGCUCUUGAUCACCUCCUUUACUAGCCACAUCUAGAUUUGAUUUCGUGUUGCCAAACAAAAACAAAAAAAAUUCCAUUAUGUCGUCGUCGUCGUGCUGCGCGGGAAACUGUGGAUGCGGCUCCGGCUGCAAGUGCGGCACCAGCUGCAGCGGAUGCAAGAUGUAUCCGGAUGUGAGCUACGCCGAGACGACCGCGGCUGCUGGGACGGUGAUCCUCGGAGUGGCGCCGGCGAAGGCCAGCUUCGAGAGCGGCGCGGGGUUCGCGGCGGAGAACGGCGGGUGCAAGUGCGGCGACAAGUGCACCUGCGACCCCUGCACCUGCAAAUGAGAAGCGAGCUAGGGAGUGUGUCUCCAAUCGAUCAUAUUUAAGAGUAUGAAAUAAUGUUUUUUGUCUUCAGUUUUCCGAUCCGUCCUGUGUUUCUAAGAUGUGUUGGUGUCGGCCGUUACGUAAUGUAUAUGGAAGGAAGGUGUCCGACUGAAUUGUAUUAGCGAUUCAGCCAGUCUUGUCUUAAUAAAGAAAGGCGUCCUGCCAAUUUGGAGUCAAUCCAUACAUGCUUUCCGUGUUCGAGUAUGCGUUUGUUUGUUUGAAUCAAAACUCGAAUCUAAU